AUGGCCUGGGAAGUCCAGCCACCGCGGGUUCAGGUGGCCUUGGAGGGUGGAGCGCCACUGACUUUGAACCGUGACUUGCAAUUUGGGAACGGAGAUGUCCUGACGAUCUGCUUCCGGUUUACACAUGAUUCUCGGGACUGCCCGGAGAGGCCUCGCUCUCUCAAGAACCGUGGUUACUCUAGGCGGAAUGGUGGGGAGGAUAAUCGGCGACGAGGAAGGGACCGAUCCAGUGCAGCUCCGGCUCCUGUUCUCACUCACCGAGCUGAGAUUCCCCAGGUAGAUCGUGCUUUGGCGGAGUACGAGGACGACAUUGCGGCUCGUCGCAGGAAGCUGAUACGCCGGAAUCUCUUUGGUGAGGAUGAUGCUGAGGCGAGUCGGGAAGUGAUUGAACCCAGUGCCAGGAUUGAGUCGGCUCAGAACUGGGCUCAAAAGAAAGCUCUUUUGAUCGGAGAAGAGAAGCGAUCCGUGAAACGACCUGUGAUCUGUGAGGUAGGAGAUUCCUCUGCGGGGGAGCCGGCAACAAAGAGAUCGAACGGGAGACGACGAGCUGCCUCUACUCAGAUCCGUGAAGCGGAGGAGAUGAAGGCUCUGGUGAAAGAGGCGGCGGCUGGUUAUAUCAAAGCCGGCUGGUUCAAGGCCUCCGUGGCGGAAGCACGGACAAUGAAGUAG